ACUUUUAUGUUGGCAAUAAUUUUUACAUUGUCAAAUGAAAACUGACAGCGGCUCUUUCUUUCUUUGACGUUUGUUGAUAUCGUGCAAAGCGAACGCCAAAAUGGUGAACGUACCUAAACAGCGCAGGACCUACUGCAAAAAAUGCAAGUGCCACAAAACUCACAAGGUGUCUCAGUACAAAAAGUCCAAGGAAAGGCACGCUGCUCAGGGUAGGAGACGUUACGACCGUAAACAGCAAGGUUAUGGUGGUCAAUCCAAGCCUAUCUUCAAGAAGAAGGCGAAAACCACAAAGAAAAUUGUGCUCCGUCUUGAGUGUGCUGACUGCAAAGUGAGGUCACAGGUAGCACUUAAGCGCUGCAAGCACUUCGAGCUGGGAGGAGACAAGAAGAGGAAGGGACAGAUGAUUCAGUUCUAGGCUGGAUAAUAAAUAAGUUUAACUAAC